AGAGCAGUUGCCUAAAUGAGCUGCGUGCGUCCAUGGAGGGAACAACGAAACAAUCCUUGAGGUCCGUGGAGAAUCUUAGCCUCCCCUCGGUUCAAGUGGUUGUCAUGAAUGCCAACAUGGGUUGCAGCCACUGCAGGCAGAGGGUCUCCAAGGUUGUGUCCAAGAUGAAUGGACUGCUGGAGUACAUGGUGGACUUGAGCAAGAAAGAGGUAACAGUGAGGGGGUUUGUGGACACCAGAAAGAGCAAAUCACCUCAAGGACUCACUACUACUCUCCAAACCAACAAAAAACUCCACUCAUUGGGUCUCUUUAGACUGAAAUGCCCUGAUGCUUUCUAGUGCUGCAAAGUGCACAAAGCCUUCUCUAUUAGAUACCUAGAUUGAAUUCUAUAACUGAGAUAGCUUCAGAUGCUAUUUCUGAUGUAAUCAUGUACAUAUUAUAAGAAAAUUUAUGAUAAGAAAUGUACAGGUGAUUGUAGCUACCAUGUACUUUAAUAACAUAUCAUCCAUUCAUGAC